AUGGCAGUAAUGACAUCACCUACUGUCGACAAAUCCUCCCUGGACCUUAAGGCGAGCGCUUUUGCGCCGGCAGACGCAAUGGCAGUCGAUACCGAGGCAAACGGUGUUCACGAUGUACUCUUUGACGAACCCGACUCCAAGACCACCACCAUCGACGAUACCACCGCGCAAUCAAAACCCACUACCAACGGAAAUCACGUGGACAUGGACGAGUCAGCGCCUGCAGUUGAGCCCACUACCAACGUAUCCGCCGGAAUCGAUGGUGUCGCACAAUACCUACCCGAAAACCAGGACAAUAAUUCGCUGUUCGGCGACUCGGAUGUUGGUGCUACGGUAGCGAACGCUGUCGAGGCGCCGACUUCAGACGUACGCGAUGAGCCAGCGACUGCAGAGGAGCUCUCUUCAGCCACCCAGGCAACAGGCGCUAGCACUCAGGAAGUGCCCGAAACCCAGUUAGCCGACAAAGAGGAAGGCCCGACUGAAGAUAGUAUGGACACCACCGCCGAUGCGCCUGAAGAGUCGAAACCCUCAGAGUCCUCCGGAGCGCCUACCAAGCCAAUGCACGACCUCACGAUCAAGACCGAUGGCGAUGCAGCCACUGCACCCCAAUCCGCUGCCGCUCAAUCACCGGCGAUCGUGGACCGGGAAAUGGAGGAUGCCCCUUCCUCUGGCAAGGUGCGCCCCCGCGAGGAUGACGAUGACGACAUUCCUGACGCGAAGCGCACCAAGACGGAAGAGGAGGCCCAAGCCGACUUCAAGCUGCCGGAGUUGCCGAAUCAGGCAGAACAGGCCAGCGUAAAUGGAGGUACCCCGGGUCCGACAUCUGACUCUGCGCAAGAAGCAUCAGGCGUUCACAAGGCUGUUGAUUGGGAGGAGUGGCCCACCACUCCGAUGACGGAUGCACAGAACAGGUUUCUUCUUGAGCGGAUAAGGAACACGAAGAAGAUCAAGGUUUCAUUAGCGUUCAAGGAUCCUGUUGACCCUGUAGCCCUCAACAUCCCGACUUAUCCCGACAUUGUCAAGAACCCAAUGGACUUGACGACUAUGGAGCACAAGCUGAAGGACAAAAAGUACACUUACGUAAGGGAUUUCAUGGCAGAUCUCGAUCAGAUGAUCACGAACAGCGAGCUUUUCAACAACAAGGAGCACCCUGUAACGCAAGCAGGUUACAACCUUCGCGCCUACUUCUUGAAAGGCAUGGGUAAGAUGCCCCGAGGCGCUGCUGCGGAAGAGCCUCCAAAGCCAGCAAAGGCCAAGAAGCCGUCAGUGAGCACUUCGCAAAAGGCUCGACGUGAGUCUCGCGUUGCGCCGCCCAACGUCAAGUCUCCUGCUGUCGCUACUCCGGCUGCGACGUCGCCUCAGGCUGCCUGGCCUCUUCAGCAAGACGGCACUCCACUGAUUCGACGUGAUUCGUCCACCACUGACGGUAGGCCAAAGCGAGAGAUUCACAGGCCGUCGAAGGAUUUGCCGUACACCAACGCAAAGCCGAGACGGAAGAAGUUCCAACAAGAACUCAAGUUCUGCGAGUCUGUCCUUACCGAGCUCAUGAAGCCAAAGUACAGUGCGGUCACUUACCCAUUCAUCGCUCCCGUAGAUCCCGUGGCACUCAACAUCCCGUCCUAUCUCAAGAUCAUCAAGAAGCCGAUGGACUUUGGAACGAUCGAGAAGAAUCUGAAGAACGGUGUCUACCAGAGUGCCAAGGACUUCUACGCGGAUGCGCAAUUGGUUUUCCACAACUGCUACAAGUUUAAUCCUGAAGGUGAUGCUGUCAACCAGAUGGGACACAAGAUGGAAGAUCUCUUCGAGAGCUUGUGGAAGGAGAAGGCGGACUGGCUUGCUCAGCAUGCGCCUGCUCCUGAGCACUCGCCAAGCGACCUCUAUUCCGAUGAGGAAGAUGAGGAAGACGAAGAGGAGGAGGAGAUAGACCCUGCUCAGGCGCAGUUCCUUGCAAUCCAACAACAGAUUGCUCAACUGAACGCCACAGCGCAACAACUUCUGCAACAACAGACGGGUGGCAAGCGUGCUUCUCCCAAGUUGCCUGGCAAGAAGAAGAAGGCUGUGGCGCCACCAGCAAAGAGGAAGACUCUACCCCUUGCGGUGCCGCCUCCUGCCAAGCCCAUCAAGACUGCUCCAGUCAAGAAGGCAAAGGCUCCUGCGCCUCUGAGUUUCGCCCAGAAGCAGGAGAUUUCAGAGGGUAUCAGUACGCUCGGCGAUCUUGAUAUGCGUAAGGCGGUCCAGAUCAUCAGAAACGGCUGCCCGCACCUUGCUACCGUGAAUGAUGAUGAGAUGGAGCUCGAUAUGGACGAGAUCAACGAUGAUACUCUCCGCGAGUUGUUGAGGUUUAUCAAGUCUCUGCGUAGCUCUAAGGGAGGUGCCGUGGUCGAUGAUGACUUUGAACCGCCGAGGCAGGUCUCGAAGCAGGCAGCGGCCCGACCGAAGAAGAACAAGCCCAUGGGCAAGAGCGAGCAAGAGGACAACAUGCGCAAGAUUCAGGAGAAGCUGCAGUCGUUCCAGGGCGGUGCGUCGGGAUCCAGCCAGUCUCCGCCUGUGCAUGAUGCCUCGAGCGAUGAUGACGACAGCGGCUCCGAGAGCGAGGAGGAGUGA